AUGGAUUCUGUACACAUCUCGGAUACCGCGACUGCGGGCGCAAUCAUGGCCAUUGCACUUGUAUAUAUGGGAACAAACGACAAAGCAGUUGCGCGAAAGAUUGACAUACCCCCAACAACUCAUCAAUUCGAUUACAUCCGGCCAGAUCAUUUUCUGUUACGGUCGGUCACCAAACAAAUCAUCCUGUGGGCCGACAUACAAGCCACUCAUGCCUGGGUAGCAAAACAGAUGCCGUUGCCAUAUCGACAGAAACGAAUCACGAAGAUCGGAAGUCUGAACACUGAGGAUCUUCCCUUCUUCAAUGUUCUCGCGGGUCUAUGCCUCAGUGUCGGACUUCGCUUCGCGGGCAGUGGAAAUAUAGAGGCAAGGGAUCUUCUCUGUUAUUAUCUGGAUCAGUUUCUACGCGUUUGUCGCUUGCCAGCGCACAACUACGAUGCUAAGCUAACUCAGAUCACCGUUCGCAAUUGCCAAGACGUUUUAGCUCUCUCAUCAUCGUGUGUCAUGGCCGGUAGAGGGGAUCUCGUGGUCUUCCGGCGGCUUCGCUCUCUGCAUGGCCGGACCGACUCGGAAAUCCCUUAUGGAAGUCAUCUCGCAGCUCAUUUCGCGGUUGGCAUUCUCUUCUUGGGUGGCGGUACGCAUACGCUAGGCACAUCGAACCUUGCUGUUGCAUCCCUCUUGUGUGCCUUCUAUCCGCUCUUCCCGGCUUCAGUGCUAGAUAACAAGUCUCACCUCCAAGCGUUCCGACAUCUGUGGGUCUUGGCCGCUGAACGCCGUUGCCUCAUUCCUCGAGAUAUUGACAGUCAUCGCCCUCUCUCCCUACCCAUCAUCAUCACGCACACAGACGGUACAAACACGCAUCAGAUAGCGCCAUACCUCCUCCCAGACCUCCACACAAUCUCAUCAAUCAGUACGAACGACCCAGAGUACUGGCCGAUAACGCUCAAUCUGGCCACAAAUCCGGCCCAUCUCUCCGCCUUCCGAGAACACCAAAGCAUCUAUCUACGCCGUCGGGGCGCCUACGAUACCUCUCAAACGUCCGCCUUCUCUGCCACGAUGAAGGCGCUCAACGACACGCAAAUAGCGCACCAGCUCCACAACCAACCUUUUGAGUGGCUUUUCACAAUCCCCGCCUUCAGCGGGUUUGAUCGCGCGGAGCGAGCGCUCGUCUUACCUGCUGAUACUGCGGGUCUGGCUAGUAGUGUGUACAGGGGAAUCCGAGGGACUUCAUUGGAUGAUCGACUGUUAGUGGAGACAGGGUGUUUGGGUGAUGGAAGGAGUGAGAGGUUGUGGAAUUUGAGGCUGCUGCUGAAAUGGGCUGAGGAUUGUGAAAGGCGAGGCGAAGAGCUGAGGUGGUUUAGCAAAGAUUUUAUUGAAGAGUUGAGGGCGAGGUUGGCUUUGUGGAGGUCUGGAACGGGCAUGUGA